GCAAUGCUCGGUGAUUUUGAAGAAGAGCAAGCUGGUGCAUCGCCGCAGUCACAAUCGCUAUCGCAGUCGAUAUCGCAGUCAAUAUCGGAGAGCAGCGAUCAGCCGGACACGGUCACAGUUCAGGUCGCGACCGGACCUUAA